UCGGUUUAAAAACAACCACUACCUAAUGCCAAAGAUUGGCGGAGCUGCUUCGUCGCGGUUAAUCAUUUCAAUAUGAACCAGUCAUCCGACAUUGAUGCCAAAGUGGAAAUACUGAAGAAGAAGUAUCUUGAAAAGACACCACUGACUGACGCUGCUGAAACCACAGACCACAAAUCAACACAUAACGUUGCCGAAAAAGUUAUGAACACGGCGUGGAAGUCUCCGACCAGUCGUUGUUACUACCGCGAGAUCAAAUCCCACAAUACAAAUUUGCAAGAGCUCUUGAAAGCUGUCACACAUUUUCCACUGCGGCUCGACAGUGAACGCGGUUUGGAUGAAAGCGAUGAUGUCUUGAAUAUUGAAUGCACUCACUCCAUGUCAGAGCCCAACAUCCAGUGUACAGAGACCGAUGUGACCCUACCCUCCAACUUUAGGGCAUUUUCAAGUCCCUCUGAGACAGAGCAUUUGGACGAAAAACCUAAAAGUCAAAGACAGCCCUCCCCAUAUAGUCACUCAUCUGCAUCAGGUCUCGGACAUGUCUACCAAGAGCUAUUGGAGAUUUAUGAAAAGUUACAAGUGGAGCGGCUUAAUCAGCAGCAAUGGGCUGCCAAGCUCCUGAAACAAGAGCAGAAACUGGAGCAGAGGGAGAACCUGCUGCUGCAGCAUCAAGAAACCCUGCACAAUGUGUGCGGGGUGCAGGGGGAGGUGCAUGGCCGCAUCCGUGCACUACAGCAGCAACAUCAAAUAGAGUUUGAGCAAUUGAACUUUGCUCUUAAAGAGAAGACAAAAGAGAGUAAGAGGCUCAAAUCAAGCUUCGUCACCAUCAAAGAUUUAAAUGAAUCCAUGAAAAAACAGCUAACAGAUCUUGGUGAACAGAAAAAGAAAUUAGAGGACCAGUUAAAGAAAGUACAAGCCCGUCUACAGAACCUUCAGAGAAAGUAUGACUAUGCUGUGGCACAUAAAGGACAGGGAAAUGUUUGUCCAAAAAUUGAACUGAAACCCUCCAGACCUGAUAAAGCUGAUAAAACUGUGCCUGCUGUGAAACUGGCAAAGAUACCGGGCAGCAGCACCUCUGGGAAGCUUCUGGCCCUCCUUCUGGACUGGGUUUUGGACAGCCAGCUGUUCCAGACUGUUGAGGGGGAUGGCAAGAGCAGUCCUUUCCUACUUGAUAUGCCUCCCUCGGCCACUUCCCUCCACGAGAGGUGUGCAAAGACUUUGCCAGUGCUUACCGAACAACUUCAACAGGCUACAGAGACCCACUCACCCUUACAGCUACUCCUACUUAAAGUCAGCUACUGGUCUUUGAGGCAGUUGGAUCAGAGUUCCCAGACCCCAUUGACCUCCACCUUGCGGAGAUUAGGAGAGGAAAUGACCAAAGGCUCUCUGGACCCAAGUGUUCCCAGCAAGAGCAGGCCCUGUCCUCUGUUCAAAACCCCAUGCCUUCACACAAGGUUCCUGUCAACGCUGAUCAUCCUCAAAACCAUCUCUCAGGUGGACACGCUGGCGCAGGCUCUGGAGGCUCUGCUGGUGGAGCUGAGGACUGAGGAGGGCCAGGCUCUGUUCCUGCACUACCAGGCCCUGCCCGUGGUCUCGGCGCUCCUCAGGGGGGGAAGCCCCGGCCUGCUGGCCUCUGCGCUGGACAUUCUCAUGCUCAUGUGUGGAGAGUCCUGGAUGCAGACUCGGUUCCUGGAGGCCUGCAGCACUGAGGAUUUCUUCCGCACAGCAUCGCUGCUGCUGCGCAACCCUCGGCUGGAGCUGCCACUGCUGGAGAAGGUCACCAUGCUGCUGCAGAGACUCUCGGCCAUCAGGAAAAACAAGCGGCUGUUUGAGGCAUUCUCACUCCACCUCGUGCUGCAGGAGAAGUACAGAACUGUUGACCCAUUGCACACCUUUCUGCGCAUCAAUCUCAGCUCCAUCCUCUUCAAUCUGGGCAUGUUGACACGGCCGUAGACUUGCAGCCUUUCCCCCAGCUUGUUCUGGCACUGAUCUUGGGAGAUUUCUUUUCCUUUCAGUCACAUGGCCCAGUCUUUGCAUCUUAACAUUAUGAAGACAUAUGGCAUUAAGUUAUGUUUGUAAAUGUUUUUUAAAACUUUGUUGUAACAAUAUUAACUGAAAUUUCUUUGAGGCAUUGACAAUUUUCCACAACUGCUGUCGCUACAAUUUGCUGUAGGUCCUGUGGCCUUGUCCUAUCCCAAUCAUGUGUUUACGUGUGUGUGUUUUGUAUUUAUUUUUCAUAGGCCCUGUGCUAAUUAAAGCCUUCAA